GAUGUACGCCUCUAGUAACACGUUCCUCGACUGCCGAAGCCCGGAGCACGUCCAGGCUCUAAAGCACGACUCGUGCGCUCUGUGCACGAUCACAGACGGCCUUGACAUCGCCGAUCUCCUGAACAACGACGACAAACUCACUAGCCCCCUGGGUUCUCCCUACACAAUGGGCUCCAGCAGAGCGGAGCUGGACGGAGCCGACCCUGCCCCCCAGAACCGGGACCCCCUUCACCUGCUGUCCGCCCCCCCUCCCCUGCUGUCUCCCACGGCGACCCUGUGUGGCCCCAAAGACUGGCCCCUGAGGACCGCCCGCCAUGCCAAGCGAGCCAGGGUGGAAAACAUCAUCAGAGACAUGGCCGGGUCUUCCUUCUCUCCCUUUCUGGAGCCAGACACAGACGGGGCCCCUGAGGACGGGCAGGGGGACAAGGGGCCCCGGGAGUGGCCCCCAGACGGCGUCCAGGCACAGAGAGCUGGCCGAAGCAGCGUUGUAGGGUGUUGGAGCUCUGAGGACCCGGCGAUAAAGAACCAACUCCAGAACAUGAAGUGCCAACCGCUUCUGAAGUUCAGGAGAUCAGGUGGGUUACCCCCGGAGGACUGGGAACGGGACUCUGACCAGCCGAAGGAGGAGACCCCGUUAGAGGAGACCCACAGCUUCGGUAGUGACUCACCAAGCAAAGACCCCUACGACAUCUUCACCGACCCACACUGCGGGGACGGUUUUGACGUCCCUUUGAACAGAAAAGCGUGCGGGAGGAAAAAGGUUCGGGUUCAAACCGCGAGCAGCUCGCCAGGGACGCCGGACACGGCGAACGCGCUGAUGGCCGACAUCCUAAAGUACGAGCUGUCGCGCGCCGUGAGCAUGAGCGUCGACUCCAUCUUCAAGAUCAUGCCUCGCCUGGAGCCCCACCCUCCUGCCGCUGCCCCUGCCGUCGUCGUCAUGGAGAGGAGCGCGGUGACCGGCCUUCCUCACGAGUCCCCCCUUAGCCGUCCCCGUCAGGGCACGCCACCCGGGACGUCCCUGUACGGCGAGACGGUCUGCGGUUCGACGCUCCCCGAGGUUCAGACCGAAGCCCUCUCUCUGGUCGUGCAAAGGGCACCACGGCUCAGACCCUACGCCAUAUGCAGACCCCCCCACCAGCACCACGGUGAACAGGAGUUCCCCUCCAGCCAUCGUUCUGAACCCCAGGGCUCAGAAGGCAACAAGGGCGGGGCCGCGGAUCCAGUCAGGCGAGACAAGAACCUCUGCGAAGGACUGAAGCAGGAGGUGCUGGCGACGGGCGGCGCCCCGGGGAGCAAAGUGAGGUGCAAGGUCAACUCUCGCUCCGUCAGAGGGGCCCGGCACUUUGCGUUGGACCCCGGGUUCCUGGGGGACCUGUGCGUCCCCAUGGACGUUCAGACCAGGGCAGACGGGCCCCAGAGCAUGCUGAUGAGCACCCUGUUCUCCCUGAAUGACGGUCUGACCACCAGCCACCUGAAGAAGGCCAAACUCAUGUUCUUCUACACUCGCUACCCCAACUCCCUGGUGCUCAAGACCUUCUUCCACGACGUGCAGUUCACCCGCUGCAUCACCUCCCAGCUCAUCAAGUGGUUCAGCAACUUCCGGGAGUUCUACUACAUCCAGAUGGAGAAGCAGGCGCGGCAGGCCGUGGCCGAGGGAGUGGCCCACACCGGGGCUCUGACUGUGGGCAGAGAAUCAGAGUUGUUCAGGACCCUCAACAUGCACUACAACAAGGCCAGUGAUUUCCAGGUCCCCGAGAGAUUUCUUGAGGUGGCGGAGAUGACGCUGAGAGAGUUCUACGUGGCCGUUUCCCUGGGGAAGGACUGCGAUCCCUCGUGGAAGAAGCCUAUCUACAAGGUCAUCUGUAAACUGGACAGCAAUGUACCCGAAGAGUUCAAAGCUCACUACCCUGACUAACAACCAGUACAUCACAAGCCAUGCUCUUCAUCUGUGGCCCAAGACUGUUUGUUGAGUCUGUUGAACUCAUGGGCUCUUGUGUUUUUCUCUUUCAUGAGCACUAAACAUGACUCUUUCAGAUAACACGUGAUUAGACUUUACAUUGCUCUGUAGUGUGUAGGCAAUCAGAUUUAACCAUGAUAAUGGACAAACUAUACAGGAUUUACUUUAUCUAUAUUAUCCAAAUUA